AUGGCAGCGGCCGGGCAGCGGGCAGCGGAGGCCGGCCGGCUGCGGGAGGAGGUUGCCGGCCUGCGGGCAGAGCUGCGGCGCGGGCAGGAGCUCUGCUCCCGGUACCAGCUGGAGGCCGGCGCGCUGCGCGCCAACGCUCGCCUGAGGGACCAGCAGCACCGGGGUGCCACCCGCCGAGGUGGCACGGCUCCAAGGUGCCCCGAGGGGCCGGGGGACACAGAGGAUCCCCCCGCAGUGUCCCCCCACCCCGAGGACCCCGAGGACACCCAGUCCUGGUGCCCGGAGGGGACCCAGAGCCAAGCUAAGGUGGUCCCCAACAAUGACAAGAAGCGGACAUACAGCGUCACCUACGUCCCCAAGGUUGGGGGGCUGCACAAGGUGACGGUGCUGUUUGCGGGGCAGAACAUCGACAAGAGCCCCUUCGGCGUCAACGUGGGCAUGGCCCUGGGGGACGCCAACAAGGUGACGGCACGUGGCCCCGGCCUGGAGCCCGUUGGCAACGUGGCCAACAAGCCCACCUACUUCGACAUCUACACCGCAGGGGCCGGUCCGGGCGACGUGGGGGUGGUGAUCGUGGACCCCCAGGGCCGGCGGGACACAGUGGAGGUGAUGCUGGAGGACAAAGGGGACAACAUCUACCGCUGCACCUACCGGCCCGUCCUGGAGGGGCCACACACCGUCUGCGUCACCUACGCCGGCGCCCAGAUCCCCAAGAGCCCCUUCACCGUCAACGUGGCUGAAGCGUGCACCCCCUCGGCGUGCCGGGCCACGGGCCGGGGGCUGCAGCCCAAGGGCGUACGGGUGCAGGAGACGGCCGACUUCAGGGUGCUCACCAAGGGUGCUGGCACCGGGGACCUGCGGGUGCUCAUCAAGGGGCCCAAGGGGACGGAGGAGCCGGUGACGGUGCGGGACGCGGGUGACGGCGUCUAUGAGUGCGAGUACCACCCCAGGGUGCCCGGCAAGUACCAGGUGGCCAUCACCUGGGGUGGCUACGCCAUCCCCCGCAGCCCCUUCGAGGUGCAGGUGGCCCCCGAGCCGGGGUCCCAGAAGGUGCGGGCCUGGGGGCCGGGGCUGGAGGGCGGCGUGGUGGGUCGAUCGGCUGAUUUCGUGGUGGAAGCCAUCGGCACCGAAGUGGGCACCCUGGGAUUCUCCAUCGAGGGCCCCUCGCAGGCCAGGAUCGAGUGUGACGAUAAGGGGGACGGCUCCUGCGACGUGCGGUACUGGCCGACCGAGGCGGGGGAGUACGCCGUCCACGUGGUCUGCGACGACGAGGACAUCAAGGACAGUCCCUUCAUCGCCCACGUCCUGCCCGCCCCCACCGGCUCCUUCCCCGAGAAGGUGAAGGCCUUUGGGCCGGGGCUGGAGCCAACCGGCUGCAUCGUGGAGCGGCCGGCCGAGUUCACCAUCGACACCCGCGGCGCCGGCAAGGGCCCCCUCAAGCUCUACGCCCAGGACGCCGAGGGCUUCCCCAUCGACAUCAAGGUGAAGGACAACGGGGACGGCACCUACCACUGCGUCUACGUGCCCACCAAGGCCAUCAAGCACACCGUCAUCGUCACCUGGGGGGGCGUCACCACCCCCCGCAGCCCCUUCCGCGUGAGCGUGGGGGAGGGCAGCCACCCCGGCAGGGUGAAGGUCUACGGGCCGGGCGUGGAGAAGACGGGGCUGAAGGCCAACGAGCCCACCUACUUCACCGUCGACUGCAGCGAGGCCGGGCAGGGUGACGUGAGCAUCGGGAUCAAGUGCGCCCCCGGCGUGGUGGGGCCGCUGGAGGCCGACAUCGACUUCGACAUCAUCAAGAACGACAACGACACCUUCACGGUGAAGUACACGCCGCCGGGCGCCGGGCUCUACACCAUCAUGGUGCUCUUCGCCAACCAGGAGAUCCCCAGCAGCCCCUUCCGCAUCAAGGUGGACCCGUCCCACGACGCCAGCAAGGUCAAGGCGGAGGGACCUGGGCUCAGCCGGACCGGUGUGGAGGUGGGGAAGCCCACCCACUUCACGGUGCAGACGAAGGGGGCGGGGAAGGCCCCCCUGGAGGUGCAGUUUGGGGGGCCGGGGCCGGGCCCCGCCGUGCGCGACUUCGAGGUCAUCGACAACCACGACUACUCCUACACCGUCAAGUACACCCCCCUGCAGCAGGGUCCCCUGGCCGUGGUGGUCACCUACGGGGGGGACCAGGUCCCCCGGAGCCCCUUCCCCGUCACCGUCGCCCCCCCCCUGCAGCUCAGCAAGGUCAAGGUGCAGGGGCUCAACAGCAAGGUGGAGGUGGGGCAGGCGCAGGAGUUCGGGGUGGAGGCGCAGGGGGCGGGGGGGCAGGGCAGGCUGGAGGUCAAGGUCACCGGCCCCUCCCGCCGCCCCCUCCCCUGCAGGGUGGGCCCUGCCCCCCCCGGGGGCCCCCACCCCGUCACCUACACCCCCCCCGAGGAGGGACCCUACAAGGUGGAGGUCACCUACGACGGACACCCCGUCCCCGGCAGCCCCUUCCCCGUGGAGGCCCUUCUGCCCCCCGACCCCUCCAAGGUGUGCGCCUACGGGCCGGGGCUGCAGGGCGGCAGGGUGGGCACCCCGGCGCCCUUCACCAUCGACACCAAGGGUGCCGGCACCGGGGGGCUGGGGCUGACGGUGGAGGGUCCCUGCGAGGCCAAGAUCGAGUGCCAGGACAACGGCGACGGCUCCUGCUCCGUCUCCUACCUGCCCACCGAGCCCGGCGACUACGCCAUCAACAUCCUCUUCGCCGACCGGCACAUCCCCGGCAGCCCCUUCAAGGCGGAGGUGACCCCUCUCUUCGAUCCCGACAAGGUGACGGCCAGCGGGCCCGGUUUGGAAGGCGGAAAAGCCGGGGAGGUGGCCACCUUCAUGGUGGAUUGCUCCAAAGCCGGCGACGCCGAGCUCACCAUCGAGAUCAUUUCGGAAGCCGGGGUGAAAGCCGAGGUGCUCAUCCAGAACAACCGGGACGGCACCUACACCAUCACCUACACCCCCGCCUGCCCCGGCUCCUACACCAUCACCAUCAAGUACGGCGGGCGCCCCGUCCCCAAGUUCCCCGUCCGCGUCACCGUCGACCCCGCCGUUGAUACCAGCGGCGUCAAGGUCUACGGCAAAGGCGUGGAGCCGCGAGGGGUGCUGCGGGAGGUGGGCACCGACUUCACGGUGGACGCCCGGGCGCUGACCAAGACGGGGGGGCCCCACGUCAAGGCCCGGGUGAUCAACCCCUCGGGCGCCAAGACCGACACCUACGUCACCGACCACGGCGACGGCACCUACCGCGUGGACUACACCCCCUACGAGGACGGCGUGCACCGGGUGGAGGUGACCUACGACGAGGUGGCGGUCCCCAAGAGCCCCUUCCGCGUGGGGGUGGCGGAGGGCUGCGACCCCGGCCGCGUGCGGGCGCAUGGACCCGGCCUGGAGGGCGGCCUCGUCGGCAAGGCCAACCGCUUCACCGUGGAGACCAGGGGGGCGGGCACCGGGGGGCUGGGCCUGGCCAUCGAGGGCCCCUCGGAGGCCAAGAUGUCCUGCAAGGACAACAAGGAUGGGAGCUGCACGGUGGAGUACAUCCCCUUCACGCCCGGGGACUACGACGUCAACAUCACCUUCGGCGGCCACCCCAUCCCUGGGAGCCCCUUCCGGGUGCCGGUGAAGGACGUGGUGGACCCCAGCAAGGUGAAGUGUUCGGGGCCGGGGCUGGGCCCCAGCGUCAGGGCCCGGGUGCCCCAGACCUUCACCGUGGACUGCAGCGCGGCGGGGCUGGCGCCCCUCGAGGUCACGCUGCUGGGACCCUCCGGUCUGGCGGAGCCGGUGGAGGUACGUGACAACGGCGACGGCACCCACAAGGUCAACUACACCCCGGCCACCGACGGGCCCUACACCGUGGCCGUCAAGUACGCCGACCAGGAGGUGCCACGCAGCCCCUUCAAGAUCAAGGUGCUGCCCGCCCACGACGCCAGCAAGGUGCGCGCCAGCGGGCCGGGGCUGAGCGCCAGCGGCAUCCCCGCCAGCCUGCCCGUCGAGUUCACCAUCGACGCCCGCGACGCCGGCGAGGGGCUGCUCACCGUCCAGAUCCUGGACCCCGAGGGGCAGCCCAAGAAGGCGGCGAUCCGGGACAACGGGGACGGCACCUACACGGUCUCCUACGUCCCCGACCUGCCGGGGCGCUACACCAUCACCAUCAAGUACGGGGGGGACGAGAUCCCCUGCUCCCCCUUCCGCAUCCACGCCGUGCCCGCCGGCGACGCCAGCAAGUGCCUCGUCACAGUAUCCAUUGGGGGCCACGGACUGGGUGCCUGCUUGGGUCCCACCAUCCAGAUCGGGGAGGAGACGGUGAUCACGGUGGACGCCAAGGCGGCCGGCCAGGGGAAGGUGACCUGCAAGGUGUCCACCCCCGACGGGGCCGAGCUGGACGUGGAUGUGGUGGAGAACCACGAUGGCACCUUCGACAUCUACUACACCGCCCCCGAGCCCGGGAAAUACGUCAUCACCAUCCGCUUCGGCGGGGAACACGUCCCCAACAGCCCCUUCCACGUCCUGGCCACGGAGGAGCCCCCCGCCACGGCUGAGAACCUCCGGCCCUUCAACCUCGUCAUCCCCUUCACUGUGCAGAAGGGCGAGAUCACAGGGGAGGUGCGGAUGCCCUCGGGGAAGACGGCGCGACCCAACAUCACUGACAACAAGGAUGGGACGGUGACGGUGCGCUACGCCCCCACCGAGAAGGGGCUGCACGAGAUGGACAUCCGCUAUGAUGGCAACCACAUCCCUGGGAGUCCCCUCCAGUUCUACGUGGAUGCCAUCAACCCCCGGCACGUGAGCGCCUACGGGCCGGGGCUGAGCCAUGGCAUGGUCAACAAGCCCUGCACCUUCACCAUCGUCACCAAGGAUGCCGGGGAGGGUGGGCUCUCGUUGGCGGUGGAAGGUCCCUCCAAGGCGGAGAUCACCUGCCAGGAUAACAAGGACGGGACCUGCACCGUGUCCUACCUGCCCACCGCCCCCGGGGACUACAACAUCAUCGUCCGCUUCGACGACAAGCACAUCCCGGGCAGCCCCUUCACCGCCAAGAUCACCGGGGACGACUCCAUGCGGACGUCCCAACUCAACGUGGGCACCUCAACGGACGUCUCGCUGAAGAUCACGGAGACGGACCUGAGCCUGCUGACGGCCAGCAUCCGGGCACCAUCGGGCAACGAGGAGCCCUGCCUGCUCAAGCGGCUGCCCAACCGCCACAUCGGCAUCUCCUUCACACCCAAGGAGGUGGGCGAGCACGUGGUGAGCGUGAAGAAGAGCGGGCAGCACGUCACCAACAGCCCCUUCAAGAUCCUGGUGGGGCAGUCGGAGAUCGGGGACGCCAGCCGGGUGAAGGUGUGGGGCAAGGGGCUGGUGGAAGGUCACACGUUCGAGGUGUCCGAGUUCAUCGUGGACACACGCAGCGCUGGCUACGGCGGGCUGGGCCUGUCCAUCGAGGGUCCCAGCAAGGUGGACAUCAACUGUGAGGACGUGGAGGACGGCACCUGCAAGGUCACCUACUGCCCCACCGAGCCCGGCAACUACAUCAUCAACAUCAAGUUUGCCGACAAACACGUCCCAGGGAGCCCCUUCACGGUGAAGGUGACGGGCGAGGGGCGCAUGAAGGAAAGCAUCACGCGCCGGCGGCAGGCCCCCUCCAUCGCCACCAUCGGCAGCACCUGCGACCUCAACCUGAAGAUCCCAGGCGAGGCGUCGGCGCAGGAGCUGUCGGCGCAGGUGCUGAGCCCAUCGGGGCAGCGGUUCGAGGCGGAGGUGCUGGCGGGGGGCGCGGGGGUGUACAGCGUACGCUUCGUGCCCCAGGAGAUGGGGUCCCACACCGUCAGCGUCAAGUACCGGGGGCAGCACGUGCCCGGCAGCCCCUUCCAGUUCACCGUCGGGCCCCUGGGCGAGGGGGGGGCCCACAAGGUGCGGGCGGGGGGCACCGGCCUCCAGCGCGGCGUGGCCGGCGUGCCAGCCGAGUUCAGCAUCUGGACGCGGGAGGCGGGGGCCGGGGGCCUCUCCAUCGCGGUGGAGGGGCCCAGCAAGGCCGAGAUCGCCUUCGAGGACCGCAAGGACGGCUCCUGCGGCGUCUCCUACCUCGUCCAGGAGCCCGGCGACUACGAGGUCUCCAUCAAGUUCAACGAGGAGCACAUCCCCGACAGCCCCUUCGUGGUGCCCGUGGCCUCCCACUCCGAUGACGCCCGGCGCCUCACCGUCACCAGCCUCCAGGAGACGGUGACAGUGAACCAGCCGGCCUCCUUCGCGGUGCAGCUGAACGGGGCGCGCGGCGUCAUCGACGCCAAGGUGCACACGCCGGCCGGCGUCGUGGAGGAGUGCUACGUCUCCGAGCUGGACAGCGACAAGUACGCCAUCGGGUUCCUGCCGCGGGAGAACGGGGUGCACUCCAUCGACCUGCGCUUCAACGGGCGCCACGUGCCCGGCAGCCCCUUCAACAUCCGGGUGGGCGAGCAGAGCCAGGCCGGGGACCCCGGGCUCGUCACCGCUUACGGCCCCGGCCUCGAGGGCGGCAUCACAGGCGUGUGCUCGGAGUUCCUGGUGAAGACGGCCAACGCCGGGGCGGGCGCGCUGGCCGUCACCAUCGACGGCCCCUCCAAGGUGAAGCUGGACUGCGUGGAGUGCGCCGAGGGCCACCGCGUCACCUACACCCCCAUGGCCCCCGGCAACUACCUCAUCUCCAUCAAGUACGGCGGCCACCACAUCGUCGGUAGCCCCUUCAAGGCCAAAGUCACCGGCCCGCGUCUGUCGGGGGGACACAGCCUGCACGAGACGUCGACGGUGCUGGUGGAGACGGUGACGCGGGGCGGGGCGGCGUCGCGGGGACCCCCCGCCUUCGGGGGGCUCCCCAAGUUCUCCUCGGACGCGGGGAAGGUGGUGGCGCGGGGGCCGGGGCUGGCAACCGCCUUCCUCGGCCAGAAGAACCACUUCACCGUCGACUGCAGCAAGGCUGGCACCAACAUGCUGAUGGUGGGGGUCCACGGCCAGACCCCCUGCGAGGAGGUCUAUGUCAAACAUGUGGGCAACCGCGUCUACAACGUCACCUACACCGUCAAGGAGAAGGGGGACUACGUCCUCAUCCUGCGCUGGGGGGACGACAAUGUCCCCGGCAGCCCCUACCGUGUCACCGUCCCCUGACCCCCCCCCCGGCACCCACAGCCAGAGGUGGGGGUCCUGGGGGGGUCCGGGGGGUCCCAAAGGGGUCCUGGACCCACCAAUAAAGCACUGGGAGACUCA